GGUCACUGUGGAGUUGUUUCACAUUUGUUAUUGUUUUUCCUGAUGUUUGACAUUGUUAUUUAAUAUACGUGUAUCUUCAGAAAGAAGCUUUCCAUCUUAGACGUACAAGUAUUGGUUUAAAAGGUGAGGAUGGGCAAUAAGGAAUCCUCACAGAACAGUGAUGUUUACUCGUAUCACGAAGAUGUUCUAAAACAAGGUGCCGAGGCAAUAACUACCGGAUCAGAUGAUGAUUCAUCCGACGAGGAAAUGCAGGAAGGACCGUCUCAGUCGAAGCAAAAUGAAUCUGAUGACACAAAUGGUUCAUCUAAUGAAGAUGUUGCAGUCAAUGACAAACCUAGUUCUGAGAAUAGUUCGGAAAGGGAAAUGGAAGAAAUUGUCAAUGAUUUAACUCCAUCGUCCACCGAGUCAUCUCCAUUAGAUCAUCAGAUCCCAGAAACAGAAACUUCUUCAGACACAACUCCUUCCUCAACAGAGUCAUCGCCAGUAGAUCUUAGAAUCCCCGAAAGUAGCUCAUUGGCCAAUCAGAAUAAAGAUAAAGAAGACCAAGCAGCGUUUGUCACUCCCCCAUCAUCAAGGGAGAAUUCACCAGUGCCAAGACGCAGCAGACGAUUUUCACAAAAUGUUUCAAAAGACAAAAGUGCUACAAAACAACGACUGUCAAUGAGAGAUUCUGAUGAUAGUCAGGAGGAGAUGCUGACAGAGGAACCCAAAGAAGAGUUUGUUGCAGUUGUUACACGAUCCAAGACCACCACAUUAAUUACCAAUGAAGGUUCAUCUGAAGGCCAGCCAGAGAAAAUAUCAGAAGCAACCACAUCAUCAAAAAAUAAGCAACUGGAUAAUAAGUCUACCAUCAAAAGUCGUAAACGUUCGAUAUCUGACACGUCAUCAGACUCUCCCAACAAACCAGCCGUCAAAACAACAGGUGGAUUUGAUAGACCCUUUGUUACCGCUGAACGAGGAAUUCACAUGACUAAGAAAAAUGCUGUCCAUCUUCAAAAAGUUUUUCAUAGGUCGUCAUCAAAGCUUAAACAAAUACCUAUAGAAACAGAAGUUUCACCCAGUUCCUCAGCAAGUUAUGACAGUGUCACAGAGGUGUCUACCAACCCAAACGAUAACAAAAAAGAAAAAGUCACAAAAACGUUCAAAUCAAAGAUAGCUACAGAAGGUACAACUAAUCACAGAACAUCACAAGAUAGACCUGUUAAUAAGGAUUUAGCGGAGUCUGAAGCAAGGGUUAAUGGAUCAACAGAGAAAUCAAAAGAUAACCAAAAGGGAAAAAAUGGGGCAUCUCGAUUGAAUGUGCUAGAAUCAACAACAGCUACAGAAGAAACAACUGUCCACAGAACAUCACAAGUUAAAGAUGUUCAUAAGAGUUUGGUUGGAGGAUCAGGAGAAAAAUCAGCGUUGAAGACAGAAACAAAAAGAAUAAUGUCUACAGAACUUACAUCUACGCAGGAGAAAUCACUUAAUCCUCUGUCAGUCUCUCAGAAUAAGAGAGAAUUAUCAAAGAUACUAGUCAAAAAAUCGGUUGACCGUUUCUUCCAUAGAUCACCAAUAGACGAGAAGUUAUCAGGAGCACCACCAGUGAAAAGUCCUUCAUCCAAUGUUGACAGACCAGCCACCACAGGUGUUUUAAUUUCACCAGUAGCAAAAAGAGAAAAUAAUGUUUUAAAGAAAUCUUCUUCACAAUCAUCUCACACUGAAAGAAACACUUCACAAAACAAUAAUGUCACUGAAGAACCCAUGGACACAUCUUCAUCUGCAUCAGGUACAAAUCCUUCAGAAAUUGUUCCUGCUUCGUUGGAUAAAAAUAGAAAGUCGAUCAAGAGUUCGUCAAAUAUUUCAGAAAUUUCAAUAAAAAAAGCAAAAAUACCACUGGCAGAUGCAAGCGCUUCUGGACCCAUAUUAAGGGUUCCAUUGAUGCCAUCAACAGGAGUAGUAUCUCCUGUUCAAGUAGUUCCUGGAGCAUCUAUGGAUCUUCCAAAGAUUCCAAUUGAUCCAAGGUUCUCAGUUCUUCCCAUUUCUCAACAAACUGCAACAACACCCUCUCCAGCCGCGAGCCCUGCUCAACCAAUGACUUCUGGACCAGAUCAUGGCGUCUUUCAAUUAAUGGAAUCAUUUAAUAUGUCUGUUAAGCUGGGUGAUAUUACAGAACAGCGUACAGAAGCAAUAGUUAAUACUACAGACAGACAACUAGCACAUGUUGGUGGUGUGGCACGUCAUAUUGCAGCCGCUGCUGGACAACAGAUGAUCAACGAAUGUCAAGCUAUUCUAAAUCAUCGUGGUAGACCACUAGAGACUAUGGAUGUUAUUGAUACAUGUGCAGGUGGACGUUUCAAUCGAAGAGUCAAAAAACUUCUUCAUGUUGUGUCUGCCAUGGGAAGUUACAGAGCAGAUAAAGCUGUAGUCGAUAAACUUAUCCACACAUUUCUGCAGUGUUUGAAACAUGCCGAUCGUAACCUUGAUUGUUCAUCCAUAUCAUUUCCUUUAUUAGGAGCAGGUUCGUAUCUUCCAGACACGAGUAUCAAUGCAUUCUACAAUGCUGUGUUAAUAUUUCUCUCUGAUCGCGGACCAAGCUCGAAGUUAAACGAUGUCAGACUAAUUUUAAACGAUGUCGAACUUCAUCAAUUUGCAGUUGACUAUUUUGGUUCGUGCUAUGAGAAUAUAUUAACUAAUGGAAUUGAAGGUGCCAUUGCUGACGCUGUAAAUAGUUUAUAUGGUAACAAUACCUGGGAAACGCAACAGAAGUUGCUAAAUCGGUUCACAUCGGGGAAUAAUGGCAGAAGUGGUGGUGGUGGUGGAAGUAGUAGUAGCGAUGGUGGUGAUUCAGCGCAAAACUUAUUCCGGGGUUCAGCUGUGAAAAGACCAAGACUAUAGAAAUUUUAUCCAGUGAUGUGUUAUUAUUUAAGAAAUUUUAUCCCGUGAUGUGUUAUUUUAAAGUAUCUUAAUUUUAAAGUUUUACAUUUUAACGGAAACUUUUUAAUUGAAUACUAAUGAUACUCGAUUUUAAAUUGUUACUAUACAGAGAGAGAGUGAAGUGGGGCUUAACUCCACUCGACACAAACUAAUGCUACAAGGCAAUGAGGAAGCAAUUAGUAGUUGCCGAUUCACAAAUGACAUAAUAAUCAUAAAAAACAUGUAGAAUGAACUCAGCAGACGUACACAACUGUCGUUCAAUUUGGAUGAAUCAUGUAAUUCACCGAACAUAACUGAUUACAAAUUACAAUCAUGUAAUUCACCGAACAUAAUCGAUUACAAAUUACAAUCAUGUAAUUCACCGAACAUAAUUGAUUACAAAUUACAAUCAUCUAAUUCACAGAACAUAAUUGAUUACAAAUUACAAUCAUGUAAUUUGCUGAACAUAAUUGAUUACAAAUUACAAUCAUGUAAUUCACCGAACAUAAUUGAUUACAAAUUACAAUAGUUUUUUUUAAAAUUGAAUAUGAAUAACUUUGUACAAAAGAAUAGGGUGAUACAGCUUUUAUUUAGUGCUUUUAGUUAUUUACAAAUUGUUUACUGUACUAUUGUUAUUGGUGUAUAUGUAAAUAUGUUUAUAAGAUAUGUUACAUAUAAUAUAUUGAUUUUUGUUUGCCCCAAUAAAAUUCCGUCGCCCCUGUCUGUCGGUCUGGCUAUAGUUGAAUAGACUUUAAAUUUAUAUGCAGUGUUUAAGGUCAUGAGACGAAGAAUCCUAUUGAUUUUCAACAAUUCCUGAUAAUUAGUGCCAGAGUUAUGGCCCUUGAUCACUUUGAAAAACUUGUGGAUAUUCUAAAGGCUACGGUUAAUAUCAGUUUUUAAGAUCAUGAGAUGAAGUAGCCUAUUGAUUUUAAAUGAUUUCUGAUAAUUACUGCCAAAGUUAUGGCCCUUGAUCACUUUGAAAAAUCUUGUGGAUACUCUAGACUCUAGAGGAUAAAAUUAAUAUCCGAUUGACUUUAAAUUUAUUCACAGUGUUUAAGAGGUCUAUUGAUUUUCAUAAUUACUGCCAUAGUUAUAGACCUUGAUAUUAAAUGUUUUGUAUACUAAACAUUAGCAUAGGGCAGAACUAGAAGUCAAAUAUGUUAUUGUACUCGGAUUUUGUGUUAUAAAUCUUUUCAUUACUGACUGCUCGGAUGACUUAGCUGCUGUUGGCGUACAUAUUUCGUUGCCUGGCAGUCUAUCUUUUAAUUAUAAUAUUGUGUAUUUUAAGAAAUAACUAUAAAACAGUAGGUUUACUAUUGUUCAAAAGGUAAUGGAAUUGGCUUAUAACCUACUUUAAUGAAUCGUUGCUUAUAUUUAUAUACAAUCUGAUUAAAGUACACAUCUAUA